AUGGGCCUGGUGCCUGAAGAGGAGUCGGAGUCAGCGGCUGUAGAGGCUGUGCGCCACAUACAUCUGCAGAACUUCUCACGCUCUCUGCUUGAGACCCUCAAUGGGCAGAAGCUGGGUGGGCACUUCUGCGACGUGACUGUGUGCAUUCGUGAAGCUUCGCUGCGUGCGCACCGCUGCGGGCUGGCAAUCGGCUCGCCCUCCUUCCAAGACAAGCUGCUGCUCGGCCACUCUGAGAUCCGUGUGCCUUCGGUGGUGCCUGUGCAGACGGUGCGACAGCUAGUCGAGCUCCUGUACAGCGGUUCGCUCCUUGUGGCAGAUGAAGCCCUGCAGGUACUCAUGGCUGCGUCGGUGCUUCGCAUGACAGUUAUCGACGAAUGCACGCAGAUUAUCGCACGCGCUUCUGCACCCGCGAGCACCUCUGCACCCGCGCCCCUGCCCACCCCUGUGCCCCCGCCACUCGCACCUGAGCAGCUGCGUCACCGCCUGCGCCACCUGCUGGCUGCACCCCCGGGGCACCCCGGUGCCGCGCACAGCGGUAAGCAGCGCCAGCCCGCGAGUUUGCAGCUGCCUGCGCCCCCGACACCUGCCAAAGCCGAGGGGCUUGGUGCCUACCCCUCACUGUCCGCGGCCCCUGACGACCGAGGUGACAACGAUGACGAGGAAACUGACGAUGAGACCGAUGGCGAGGACGGCUAAGGUGGCGGCCCGGGAGAGAGCCAAGCACCUCCUUCCUUCCCAGACUGUGCUGCCGGCUUCCUCACUGCUGCUGCUGACAGCGCGUGCGAGGAGUUCCAUGCACCCACUGGCCUCUCUGACUACAGUGGUGGGAGAGAUUUUCUUCUGGGAUCUGGGGCAGCUGAGGACGUAUUUCCAGACAGCUAUGUAACCGCUUGGCACGACAAGGAUGGCGCUGUCCCCGAAGGCUGUCCCACUGAGACCCCUGUCCAGCCCGACUGCAUACUGGCUGGACCCCGCCCGCCUGGCGUGAAGACCCCAGGGCCGCCUGUCGCACUCUUCCCCUUUCACUUGGGUGCUCCCGAACCACCCGCACCACCCCCUUCAGCACCAUCCGGGCCAGCCCCUGCGCCCCCACCCGCCUUCUACCCCACACUCCAGCCCGAGGCAGCCCCCGGCACUCAGCUGUGGGAGGCCCCGGCUCCCUCUGCUGCUCCCACCACGGCCCCCUCAGGCACCACUGCUCGCACUCCAGGUGCCGAGCCACUUGCCUAUGCGUGCGGCCACUGUUGCAAGACGUUCAGCUCAAGGAAAAACUACACCAAGCACAUGUUCAUCCACUCGGGGGAGAAGCCGCACCAGUGCGCCGUGUGAUGGCGAUCCUUCUCGCUGCGCUACUGCCUUUUCAAGCACAUGGUCACGCACACCUGCGUGCACGCCUUCCAGUGCGCGGUCUACACCAAGCCCUUCACGCAGAAGAGUUCGCUCAAUAUGCACAUGCGCACUUACCGGCCAGAGCGCGCGCCUUCCCCCGUCUACUGCAAGGUCUUCUCUCACUAGGCGCUGCUGGAGCACCACCUGGCCGCGCACCCCGCGCCCUGAUGGGGCUGGGGCCUGGUCUCGCCCACUGUGGAUCCGCAACCUCCCGCACAGGCGGCCACGCCCGCUUUCCCACCAGUAGGCCACGCUCCCUCCUGAGCGCAAGUCCUCUUUCUCCCUUCACCCCUUUCUCCAUACGCCCAAGUCCGCCUUACUCCUCUCCUCCAUGUACUUGAACCUUCCAGGUGGUGCUGGGCUGGGGCUGGGCCUGGGACUGGGCCUGGGACUGGCUAGGGAUCAGACCACCUCUGAGAACUAGACCAUUUCCGGCCUAAACCAGGCGUUCAGGCCCUUGGACCUGGCCCAAGAUUUGACUCCGGUUUUCGCCCCGCCCUCUCCUGGGGUUGGGGUGGGGACUGA